AUGACAGAUAUUAAUGAUGAACUGCGGAGGAAGAAUGAAAGAAAUGAUAAAAUCCUUAUUCGUGAUAGCGGUUAUUUGAAUGUACCAGCAUACUGUACAUCAAAUCAAUCAGCAUAUGCUCACUAUUAUGUGGAUAAUCCCAAAGUUCAUGCCUAUAAUAUUGCUCAGCCAUCAUGGUGGACUUGUCGUUGGGAAAGGUUUAAUUUUUGGGCUGCUGGUUUGGUAUUAAAAUUGGUACCAUGUUUAAUGUUGACAAUAUUUAUGACAUUAUUGGUACGUAUGCUAAUUGAAGCUCGUGAACGACGAACUCGCUUAUGUCAUGGUCAAACAGGUGGUAAAUCUCAAGCGGAACGUACCACUACAAUGUUAACAGCAAUUGUUGCUGUCUUCUUGGUUACAGAAUUACCACAAGGAAUCCUUGUUUUUGCUAUAGGUUUAAAACCAGGUAUUCGAUACGCAAUGCAAUAUCUUGGUGAUUUUAUUGAUGUACUAUCACUGAUUAAUAGCAGCUUCAAUUUCUUAUUAUGUGCCUUAAUGAGUAAUGUAUUUAGGCAAGUUUUCAAAACAUUUUAA